AUGCAUGAGAAUGUGAGGUAUUGGCUUGACCCAUUUGGUUUCAAAGCCGUGAUGGAUUGUGGGAAGUCGAUGAAGGUCGACAAUGAGCCUAUCACGGCUUUGAUUGAGCGUUGGAGGCCGGAGACGCACACUUUCCAUCUACCAAUUGGAGAGGCGACGGUGACCUUGAAAGAUGUGCAAGCCAUUUGGGGCUUGAGAGCGGACGGUCUCAUUUUCACAGGACGUGACCAUCAUGUCGGAUAUCCCGAUUGGCCUAGCAAGUACCGAGAUUUGUUGGGAUGGAUACCGGAUACAAACACAGAGACAAAGCAAGGCUGUUUGCUGAUGACCGCUCUGAUCAACCAGACGAUGAUACCUUUGGGUGAUGACCUACCUACAUAUGUAUACAUUCAAAUCGCACGUAUCCAUGCCCUAAUUUUGUUAGGAGGUCUCAUUCUACCAGACACCACGGGGUGUAAGGUUCCUUUUAUGUGGUUGAAUGCAUUUGAGGAUCCGGACGAGGUGCGGAAUAUUAGUUGGGGAAGUGCGGCUUUGUCGUACCUGUAUCAUUACCUGUGCGAGGCUUCCAUUGAUAAGAGGAAAGAGUUGGGCGGGCCUAUGAUGCUUCUGCAGCUAUGGGCGUGGGAAAGAAUGCCCACAUUGAGGCCGUUGUUCAUAGGAGCACUCGUGCACGAGCCAUAUACGCCAUGUGGUGCCAGGUGGAAAGGAACUACACAAAUAGGAAAUGCUCCUAGAUAUUCGGUUGAGCAUUACUGUGAUCAAAUAUCCUUGAUUAGACCUGACCAGUUUCUGUGGACGCCAUAUGCACAUUGCAUACUGCCUGACUACUGUAGUGAUAUGAAUGGAUGCUCCUUGUGCGACACUUACUUGGUGUGUUGGUCCUAUAUUGAGGCACAUGAGGCUGGACGAGUGCGCCGACAGUUUCAUCGAUACCAGGAUGUUCCUCAAUAUGUAGAUAGGAGGCUAAAAAAUGGCGAUCAUUUGGGCCAAAAUGAUCGGCGUGGUAAGAAGGGUAACAAUUGGGGAAACACGCAUCAGUUCUACAUUAGGGAGUGGGACAUGAGGUGUGAAAGGUUCCAGGCUACCGAGGACGCCGCAAUGAUGUCCAUGAACAUUCCUAUGAGUCCGGGGUAUAUGGCGUGGUAUAACAAGAUAACAGUGACGUACCUGACUCAACCUGGGGUACGGUCAACUGCUGGGAUGAACGAGUCGGCUUCUUCGAUGAGAUUACUUGUUGAGGGUUUUCAGCAUGUUUGGCAUUUAACUACUGAAGAAGAAAUGGACCCAAGAAUGCGACAGAUUCGAGAAAUUGCUAGGCAUGCCCUUCAGUCUACGAACCACGCCGAUGUCAUGGAGUACCCGGAUUCCCAACACCAAGAUGUGGUCAUGCCUUAUCAACCACAAGUAAUUCCACCACGUCGUGGAGUGACUGGUGUUCGGACUGGUGGACACGGUUUCACAAACAGUUCAGGAUAUCGCAACCGCAUCCCGAUUAUGUAG